AACCUGUGGGCUAAGUGGACAUGGUAAUGACACUGGAGGAGAUCAGGAAAGUGCAUGUCUCCUGGCCAAGUGACCCAAGUCAGAAAGGCGAUUGUGGGGAAGGUGUUAUUGUUUUAGUGGGCGUAGCAAAGGGUGGAUCAGGCAGCCAGACUUGGUAAAUUGUUAUUUACAGUUUCUGAGCUUUUAAAAGAAGAGCAUCCCCAGAAUCGGUCCUGAUUCCAGACCUUCAGCACCAUGGUGGCUCUGGGAGCACUGCUGUCCCUGCUCCUCCUCGGGGCCCAGGCCCAGCACAGGUCCAAGUGGACCUACUCAGAGGGGGCGCUGGAUGAAGCGCACUGGUCGACCGAGUACCCCACCUGCGGGGGGCAGAGACAGUCGCCCAUCAACCUGCAGAGGAAGAAGGUGCAGUACAACCCCUCCCUGACGGCUCUGACCCUGGUGGGCUACGACGACCAGGAGAGCGAGUUCCCCAUGACCAACAACGGCCACACAGUGCAGAUCAGCCUGCCCCACACCAUGUACAUGACGGCCCCUGAUGGCACCAAGUACAUAGCGGAGCAGAUGCACUUCCACUGGGGCGGCGCGUCCUCGGAGAUCAGUGGCUCUGAGCACACCAUUGACGGGAUCAGAUAUGCGACUGAGAUUCACGUUGUUCACUACAAUUCUAAAUACGAGAGCUAUGAUAUAGCCCAGAAUGAACCAGAUGGUUUGGCUGUGCUGGCAGCCCUCACUGAGGUCAGUGAUUACGCUGAGAACACUUAUUACAGCAAGUUCAUGUCCCACUUGGAUGAGAUCAGAUAUGCAGGACAAAGCACAGUUCUGAGUGGUCUUGACGUUAAGGACAUGCUACCUACGAACCUCCACUACUACUACAGCUACCAGGGGUCACUCACCACUCCUCCCUGUACCGAGAAUGUCCACUGGUUCGUGCUGGCAGAUCAUGUCAAGCUCUCCGAGGCACAGAUUUUGAAGCUAGAGAACUCUUUAUUGGAUCAUCAGAACAAGACCCUCAACAAUGGUUACCGCAGUACCCAGGCCCUGAAUGACAGAGUGGUGGAAACCAACUUCAUGUAUCUCUCUAAUCAGGAGUCUGUUCUAGGCUCUGAACUCCAGUCUUACCUAAGCAAGAUCAACAAUAACCUUGAAUACUUUAGAAGAUUAAUUGAACAGAAGAAGGGGAAGAGAAAGAGCAAAUAUUAACGAGCUUGAAGCAUGAGCUAGGACAGGAAGUGGCUGCCCCCCUGAGCCCACGCCCUGCCCUGUCGCCAAUAAAUCCUUUGUCCAGAUGGCUAUACUCCCCCUGAAGCACCUGUUGAAUUUCUGACUACACCAAGGGGAAACCAUCAUCCAUGAAAGGAAGUGAGAGGGUUUAAAUGUAUGAGAAGAGAAAUGUAUGAGUUAGAAAACACCAGUGGAAAUUGACUGGAAUAGAAAUUUAAAAGGCUAACUC